GAUCAGCGACGUUAAGCCGUCAAAACUGCGCCGGAUUCACUCGACUACUGCGCUUCUAAUUUAACGUCCUCGAAAAUGAUGGGCUCUGCUUCUCUGUACCUAUCGACGAAGGUCGCUCGAGUCCUCGGAGCCGUCCCGGGCCGAAGCCUUCGAAGCCUCCCGAAACCCCGCGGUCUGGAGAGCUAUCGAUCCCUCAGAAACCUAAGGACGCCUCCGAUCGCCGCCGGGAUGGAAGACGAGGCCGGUCGAAAGCCGGCUCCUCCGGCCUUGGCCGCCUUCGCCGGAGUGACUAGGUCUAGGGUUUCGACCUCCGCGGGUGGAGGGCCGGGAGCGGGUGAUUGGUUCGAGCUUUCUCCGUCGAGUGUCCUCAAGCUCCAGAAAGGGGACAUCACCAAGUGGUUCGUGGACGGAUCGACUGACGCGAUCGUAAAUGCAGCUAAUGAACGAAUGCUUGGAGGUGGUGGUGUUGAUGGAGCCAUACAUAGAGCUGCUGGUCCAGAACUUCGAGAGGCAUGUUCAAAAGUUCCAGAGGUCCGACCUGGAGUUCGCUGCCCCACUGGAGAAGCUAGGAUUACUCCAGCUUUUCAGUUGCCUGUGUCUCAUGUAAUACACACUGUUGGCCCCAUUUAUGAUGUUGAUAAGCAGCCUGAUGUUUCCUUGGGGAAUGCAUAUAGAAACAGCUUGAGGCUUGCUAAAGAGAACAAUAUUCAGUAUAUUGCUUUUCCAGCCAUAUCAUGCGGUGUUUAUGGAUAUCCUUACAAGGAAGCUUCCAGAAUAGCUAUAUCUAAAGCAAAAGAGUUUUCAGAUGACUUUAAGGAGGUAUGUUUUGUUUUAUUUUCAGAUGAUCUUUACAGGGUUUGGCUUGAGAGUGCUCUGGAGCUACUUUAGGAGUUUUGGUGCAACGGCCACUUCUCCAUGACGUUUCUCCCACCUGUAAACCUUCAAGGUUUAAGAUCUAAAGCAGCAGUAAAUUGAGGUUAAGCCAUGAGUACCAAUAUGAUCUGUUUAUCUGUCUUCUUCCUCUCUUUUUUUUUUUCUUUCCAAAAAACUGUUGUCUUUCUAUUUGACUAUAUAGUACACCAAGUCCUGUACAAAUUGAAAUAAAAGCCGCCGGGCAUGGACAAGAAUUUGGAAGAUAAUUUUGUUUUAUAUAUAUUUGCUGGGAGCAUGACACCAGCUGCUCGA